AUGAACAAAACUAUUGAUUGUUUUGGCAGAGCAGAAAAUCUAAUAAUUCAUGAAAGACCACUUACAAUAAGUUACAUUGAUGAAAAUAGCCCACAAAAACUUUGCAAUCUCUCAUUACUACUUGCAUCUUAAAAAGCCCAAAAGAAUCAAAAACAUCCUAGAAGAUCCUUUUAUCAAGCCACUUUAAAAGAUUAUUAACAUUAAGCCAACGUUCCUACUAGAUCUCCCCCCAUUUUAUAAAUAUAACUAUAAAAUUACUAAUUCACAUAAAAAACAACGAAAUCGACAAAAAAUUAAUCCAGUAAAUAAUAGGGAACUAAAUAUAAGUCACUUUCUCUCAAUGAAUGCAACUACAGUGAUAUUUUAAAGAGAAUAGAGUUGAAGAAAUCAUAGCUUGAGAAGAUGUAUCCCAGCAAAGAAAAGUGCAAAACACAAACUUUUAGAACUGAGAAAAUAGAAGAUGGUUGUUAAACAUAGAAACUACCAACAGAAGCCAAUGUUUAAUCAAACAAAACUAAAAAACACUAAGAAUUUUUGAAUUAUAGACUAGCACAGUCACGAAUUGGAUCGUCGUUUAAAAAUAAAAGAACAACAAUUCCAUUUCAAGCUAUGCCUCUGUCUUUGGGGUUGAAUAUUGAGAAAUGUAGAAUUGAACAAAGAUUGACUCAAUCACCAUUCUCCGUUAGAGCAAGUUAAAUUAAAAGCAUAAAAACUUGUAGUGUAAGAAGUAAAGAUUAAAGGUCAAUGACUUAAAAACCAAUUGAUUAAUAAUUUUGCUUUAAGAAAUAAUCAUCAAUACCUAUAGCGAAGUGGGAUAAUUCUGAUUUGGAAUUAGAUUGA